UCCUCCCUGGAAACUAUUGUUUGUUUACAGCUGAUGCUUUAACACGCGGGGGUUGGUUUAUAAACAACUGAGCCUCCAGUAUCUCCCGAUAAAAAAGUAAAUUUUAGGUGACAGCUAUGGCGCUGCAUUUUAGCGGUAAUCAGUAUGAACAGGCCUUUGAUCCCAAAAGGCUACAGAACUGGGAAGUAGCAAAGCGACACAGACAGAGACCCAAGUCUUUGGAUGGUUUCACUCAGAUCAUUGCCACAGACAGAGGGCACCUGUUCCCUGGAGUGAGGAGGAGUGGAGAAUCACCCUGGGGGACAUUUGUUGGGACAUGGGACAUGCCACUUAAAAUACCAGGCAAUAAGAUGACCAACCCCACUGCCAGGUCCACCUACGCCCAAGAGAAGCUGCACAAAUUAAAAGGUGAAGGGGAUUUGGUCAUCAAGGGCACACUCAAGGCUCCACCCAAAAUUCCCACUCCUCCAGGCCCUCUCAGGCAUGAGGACAUAGUUGUAUCAGGCAAAGAGAAAGUACCUGACGAUAAGCCCACACAUCUAGAGGACAGCGCAGAGAAUGAUAUUGCACGCAGUGGUGCCAAAGGUCCUACGCCCCCCGCCAUCAUGACCCGCACCACCCCUGUCCGUGUCACACCACCCGCUCCUAAAGACAUUCCCCCAGAGCCAAAACUGGCCACCCCUGUCAUGGCAAAAAUUCCCACACCUGUUGCCAGAGAAAUGCUACGAUCUCCAAAGAUGAAGACCCCUGAAAGAAAAACCCCAGUGAAAACUCCAGAUUGGGAUGCACAACAACCAAAAACAGGGGCUCGUCCUGACACUCCACCAAACAAGGUGAAUGAGCCCUUAGUGGCUUAAGUGGUGGUUUUCAUAUGGACUGUUGUAGAGAGAAAAAACUCAAUUCAUCAAUGACUGGGAUUAUCAUUUAUUGAUCAGUUCAUCACUCUUUCAUAUACAAAUACUCUUGUACAGAUUCUUCCUUCCUUUGCUUAAAGCUUUUGAAGUAAAACAGUAUUAUCAUGUGAGACUGGCGAUAGUAACGUCCAAUGAAUUUCAUCUUGAAAUGGUACAUUGUACAGUUGUUCUUAUUCCUAGCAGUAUAGAUUUAGGAAUUAGUCAUUAUUAGUUGAUUUCUGCUUUUAUUUGAAAAAUUUGCCUUAAUGAUUUA